GCAGUUGAUAUCAUUCCAACAGCGUCUUUCAAACAGUCCUCAUUCCAAGAGGUGCUCUCCCAUUCCAACCAAAUCAUCAGCGGAUCACCCAACCAAGUUUGAGCUUUUAUUUAUUGGGCCGACGAAGUGAGCCAUUCGAUCGGAUUCCCUAGUUUUCUGUCAUCAGUUGUCUUUUCAACGCGCUGCAUCUUUUAUUUAUUCCGGCGAAAAAAACCAACCCGAGGACACAUUUGAUCGACGACCUUGCAAGGUUCUAAAUCGCUGCGAUUGAAGGAAUCAAAAAGCCUGUGAGUUUAUUUGGAAUUAUUGAUCCCAUAACGAAGCGACAGAUGGCCAAACAAAGAAGUCAGCCGGCAUCACACCUGGUGUGGUCGGCUAUUUACAUCGUCCUGAUGGCAGUCGGGAUGAUCGGCCUAGCCGAGGGUCAAUUCACCGACACCGACGAAACCAGCGGUGCACCAACAACGCCCGUUAACUUGAGUUCGUCCACUAGCGUAGCCACCACGGUGGUAACCCCGCAACCACCGACGCAACAAUCAUCAUCGGGACCUUCGUUUGCGGCUACUUCGCCCGCUACAGCCGGCCUCAAUUGCCCGGAGGAUAGCGUGACUUUCGAGCUCAUCACUGGUUACGUCUACUCGGCACCGGCCGAUAUGCUCGACUCGCAGCCGGGCACGCUCAUGCUAACCGAUUGUAUUCAGACCUGUCGGCAAAACACCAGCUGUCAGUCCAUCAAUUACGAGACCGGACUUUGUGUUCUCUUCAGCUCCAACGCUGAUGCUAUGCCAGGUGCACUGACCACUUCGCAAUUCCCCGUCUUCACUCUGUACGUCCAAAAGAAUUGCCUGCGCAUCACAGUGGGUCCCACUGAACCCGUCGAGUCCAUUACCGAUGGCAGAGGAGCUCUCCGCAUUAGCCCACCCAGCCAACGCAACCCAGCGCUGAGACCUCAACGCGUUCCGACCAGCCGAGCUGAGCCAGUGGGUGCCAACACCGUCUGCAAUCGCGCCUGGAGUUUCGAGCGAGUCCAGGGCUACGAAUUGGAAACUCUAGCCAAGCGCCGUCGCCGUGUUGCUAAUCGCCAGGCAUGCGAGGAACUCUGUCUCGGAGAACGUGAAUUCACUUGCAGAUCGGUGAAUUUCAACAACGUCACUGGCGAUUGCCGACUCUCUGACAUGGACCGUCACACGAUGGCCGGAACUGGAGCUUUCAAGCCAUCGACCAGCUCUGACUACAUGGAGAACAACUGCGUCGAUGAUCCCGUCAAACUCUGCGAGUUCCAGAAAUUGGAAGGCCGCAUUCUCAAGACCGUCGACUCAGUUUUCCAGGACGUUAGCACCAUCGAUGAUUGCCGUCAACUCUGCCUCACCGCACCCUACCGCUGCCACUCUUUCGACUACGCUGACACUGGCGAGAACGUCUGCCGACUCAGCCAUCACGCUUUGGCCACUUUGACCAACAUUCAGGAACCUUACUUGGAGAUUGCCGGAGCAGCCACUUAUGAAUUGAGCUCAUGUUACAAUGUCACGAUCGACUGCCGCUCAGGCGACAUGGUGGCCAAAAUCCGCACCAGCAAAAUCUUCAACGGAAAGAUCUACGCAAAGGGCAGCCCCAACUCGUGCGUCAAUGACGUCACAGCCAGUCUCGAUUUCGAGCUCCGCAUGGCCUACAACGACAUCGAGUGCAACGUUCGCAAGGACGGACAGGGCCGAUAUUCCAACGACAUCAUUCUCCAACACCACGACCGUAUCAUCACCAGCGCUGAUUUGGGUCUGUCCGUCCAUUGCCAGUACGAUUUGGGCAACAAGAGCGUCUCCAACCAGGUCGAUCUGGAGAUCACCGGCGACAUUAUUCCAGUUCUCAGCGAAGAAGCUGUCGUCGAAGGUCCCAACGUGGUCAUGCGAGUUACCACUAAAGAUGGCGUCGACGUACCAUCCGCCCAAGUUGGUGAUUCCCUCGAUCUCCGCUUCGAGAUCGUCGACAAAAACAGCCCGUACGAGAUCUUUGUUCGCGAUUUGGUCGCUCUGGAUGGAGUUGACAGCAACGAGAUUCUGUUGAUCGAUGACCGCGGGUGCCCCACUGAUCCCAGCAUUAUGGGCGUCAUCGAUAAAUCCGCCGAAUCCAGCAAGAUCCUUCUCAGCGCAUUCGACGCCUUCAAAUUCCCAUCGUCCGACAAGGUUCAAUUCCGCGCUUUGGUCUCACCCUGUCUGCCGUCCUGCGAGCCAGUCAAAUGCGACGUGGCCGACUACACCGGGGAUGUCCGUCUUCUCGAUUCCUACGGUCGCAAGAGGAGGGCCCUAUCAAGAGAGAGACGCGAUGCCAACUCAGAAGAGGUCCUUGUCGUUCAAACCAUCGAAAUCGUCGACAGAUUCAACCCACCACCAGCAGCAGACUUGUCUGACAGCGUGAUGGAAUUGGAAAAAGAGAGGAACCACUACUCGUUCAUCAACGAUUUCAAACACGGCGGCAAUUCUUCAUUGACUGAAGUUUUCAUCAAAGAGAAGCUGUCGGGCAGUAGUUGCAUCAACACGCUCGGUCUCAUCAUUGCUGGAGCUUUGUUCUUGGCCGCCCAAUUGGUCAUCAUCGUCGCUUGGACUUACAUCUGGCAAAGGAAGAGGCGUGCCAAGCAACAAGAUAACAUGACCAUGGUCGAUGUAGCUGUCAACAACCUUCACCAGCUCUACAAUCCUAGCAACGCAGGUUAUUCUCGAAGACUUUAAAAACCGUUCCAGCCACAGAUUCUUUGUCGUCGUCGUCGUUUUUUUGUAAUCUCCUCGGUUGGUAUUUUCCCAAAAAAUGUUUCCCUCCCAGACAAUGUGACUCACCAAGGAAUUCAAGGAAUCAUCUAUUCCUCUCCUCUGAUGAGUCACAAGGUCACAUACGUGGUUUCUCUUGAUUUGGGGCUUUGAAAGCGAGGUGACGGGGUUAUUCUAUCGUUUCUGAAUGAGGUAUUCCUUUCCUAUUGAUAUACUCGACUCAAUUUGUUACAAUUAUUCCUAGGCUUAAGAUUUUCUUAGUAAACCUAUGACAUGCAAUGCUUUCCAUCCCUUCUCCCCCCCCCUUUCACUCCGUUUUUAGUGCAAUCAAAUUAACUAGUGUUUGCAAUCGAUCUUUCUCCUUAUUUGAAAUUAAGGAAACGAAUCUAAAAUUGUUCCCCCUCUGUGUACAUAGAAUCGGUCUCUUUUUUUCCAAAAUUCAAAAAUACAAUGGAGUUUGAUUUGUCAAACUUACCCUCA